AUGCCUCCAAAGCCCGGGGCCAAGCAGAUUCGCAAGCCGGCACCGCGGAGGCGCAAGCCCAACACCAUCAACCUGCAGCUGGCAGUUGGUCAAAGCAUGGAUUAUACGGCUACUGCCGUCAAUCCUGGUGCUACUUCUGCCAUGCCUCCGCCCUUCCUCGCUCCCGUCGUGCCUGGUUCCGCGUUGGCACGAGUCUCAGAGGCACCCAUGGCACAAGAAUACGUAGACCCGUAUACUAGAUUGCCCCCUUCUUCUUCCCAUAGCACUUCCUCCGUGUUGCCAUCUCCGUCUCUCACAGAUGAAGCGAGUCCGGCGUCGGCUCACGCUCCAGCCGAGCCAUACGAACAACCAACGGCGGCCUCCACAGGAACAGCAAUGGCGUUGCCUUCGAUUCAUGAAAGCAUAAACUAUCAAACCACGAGUAGCCAAGACGGUGCCGUCCAAAGACCAGCCCAGGAAUUGAAUCAGCCCGCGAAAGAGCCGGUUCCUCUCCAUACAACCCUGAUGUGGGCCAUCUCCGUGGUUCGACUGCGAGUCCAGGACAUCAAAGAUGGCAAAUUCCCGGGCAACGAUGCCGAGCAGAAUCGAUGCGGCAUGCUGCUAUCAGCUUGCCACGAUUUGGAUCCCGUUUUCCUUAUUGUCCAUCAACAGUGCUCCUGCUGGAAGUUGGAUAGAAAGGCAGCAUAUGCCACCUUGUUCCCCAUUCCUCCUGAGCUCAUCGACGUAGCCUUUAGUGAGCUCUGUACCGUCUUUAUCGACGAUAGGCAAAUAACCGACCCUCAUUGGCAAUGGUUCUCCAAUUUCCCUGGGUUUAGAAACGUUGUUGGCCUUGACCGAGUAAAUAUCCAAGCCAAGGACUUCAUCGCCACGUUUGCCAUGAACUGGCCAAUCUUGAAGAGAUGUCUCCUAUCUCAGCUGAUGCCACCAAUGGCACAUCAGAUCCGCGAGGAGCUUAGAUGCGUGUCAAACUCCAUCGCCAGUGCACUAUUCAAGCGCAUCCGCAGAGCAAUCGGGGUUCCAGACGGUCCAUUCUCCGCCAAGAUCAACCAUCUCUUCACCAUGGACAAUCGCCAAGAGCUCGUCUUCGAAGAACAGAGCGUGCCGCAGGAAGAGGUGGAUAUAAUUCGCAGUACCAUGCUGGCGACCUACAGGGGAAUCGUCCAAGAGGCCCUGGACCAAGAUCAUCCGCCAGUUGUGAUUCUCCUUCGCGGCCUCCUCACCAACGAGCCCAGCAUCUUGAAGACUCUCAGCCCGCAGCGACUUUCAAAAACCAGCCUCAGCUUCCCCAACUUCGACCUCAACUUCCAGCUCAAUCUCAGCCCCAACUUCCAGCUCGACCUCAGCCUCAGCCUCAGCCUCAGCAUCCGCUUCCACCUCGACCUCAACUUCCACCUCGGGAUCAGCAUCAGCAUCAAGCUCAAGCUCAAGCUCAGCUUCCGCCUCAACCUCAAAAUCAGCAUCAACCUCAACUUCAACCUCGAAUUCAACCACAUCGGCCUCGACUUCCACCUCCACCUCCACCUCAACAUCAACAUCAACCUCAACCUCAACCUCCACCUCAAACUCAAACUCAACAUCCAGUUCAGCCUCAGCAUCAACUUCCACCCCAGCCUCAACCUCAACUUCAACCUCAACAUCAGCAACAGCCUAGGCUCCAGCCCCAGCCUCAGCCCCAGCCCCAGCCCCAGCAGUCCGGUCUGCGAUAUCCAAGUGGUGUGA